GGUCGUUGGCACGUCGCUCCGGAGCUGGGGCCACGCCUUCCCAGCGGGCAGUUUCCCAACCGCCGUUGCUAAGCGGCCGUUACCUGGCCGCGCGGUGCUGGGUGGCGGCGGUUGCAGACGGUGGUCACCGGGCCUCAGGAGGUGACCAUGGAAAAAGAGCUUCGGAGCACCAUUCUUUUCAACGCAUACAAAAAAGAAGUCUUCACCACCAGCAACGGCUAUAAGUCUAUGCAGAAAAGACUUCGCAGUCACUGGAAAAUUCAGAGCUUAAAAGAUGAAAUCACACCUGAGAAGCUCAUUGGGGUGAAACUAUGGAUUACAGCUGGGCCGAGGGAAAAAUUUACUGCAGCUGAGUUUGAAAUCCUAAAGAAAUACCUUGAUGGUGGUGGAGACAUCCUUGUGAUGCUAGGAGAGGGUGGGGAAUCCAGAUUUGAUACCAACAUUAACUUUCUCCUAGAAGAAUGUGGAAUCAUGGUUAAUAAUGAUGCUGUGGUUAGAAAUGUGUAUUAUAAGUAUUUCCAUCCUAAAGAAGCUCUAGUUUCCAAUGGAGUCUUGAAUAGGGAGAUUAGCAGAGCUGCAGGGAAGGCCGUGCCUGGGAUUCUUGAUGAGGAGAGCAGUGGAAACAACGCCCAGGCUCUCACCUUUGUCUAUCCUUUUGGUGCCACGUUGAGUGUCACGAAACCCGCCGUGGCUGUUCUGUCCACAGGCUCUGUCUGUUUCCCGCUUAACAGACCCAUCCUGGCUUUCUAUCACUCGAAGAACCAAGGUGGGAAACUGGCAGUGCUUGGCUCAUGUCACAUGUUCAGUGACCAAUAUUUGGAUAAAGAAGAAAACAGCAAAAUCAUGGAUGUUGUUUUCCGGUGGCUCACAACAGAAGACAUCCACCUAAACCAGAUUGAUGCCGAGGACCCAGAGAUUUCCGACUACAUGAUGCUGCCCGACACGGCCGCCCUGUCCGAGCGGCUGCGAGUGUGUCUCCAGGAGGGCGAUGAGAACCCGCGGGACUUCACCAGCCUCUUCGACCUGUCGCUUUACCAGCUGGAUACUACCUCCCUCCCGAAGGUCAUCAAGGCUUAUGAACAGCUCAACGUGAAACAUGAACCUCUCCAGCUCAUCCAGCCUCAGUUUGAGACGCCACUGCCAGCUCUUCAGCCAGCAGUUUUCCCUCCUAGUUUCAGGGAAUUACCACCUCCUCCGCUGGAGCUGUUUGACUUAGAUGAGACGUUCUCCUCUGAGAAGGCCCGGCUUGCUCAGAUUACCAAUAAGUGUACUGAAGAAGACCUGGAAUUCUAUGUCAGGAAGUGUGGAGACAUCCUUGGAGUCACCAAUAAACUCCCAAAGGACCGGCAAGAUGCCAAACAUAUCCUUGAGCACAUCUUCUUCCAAGUGGUGGAGUUCAAGAAGUUGAACCAGGAACAUGACAUUGACACGCGGCAUUCCAGAACAGCCUCUGCGGACCAAGCCUUUUGAAGCAUUUUCUGCCUCCCGAUUCUUCGUAAACUUUUUGAAUUAUCCCUCAGUUUUUUAUGAAAACUGUCUAU